UUACAUCACAAACACCACUAUUUGACUCUUUUAUUUAACUAAAUAAGAGUUAAUUAAACAUGACAACACGUUUUAAAGCGUUUUAAUGAAUCAUUUGAGCUAAAUUGUGUGUUUAAAGUGUCUGGCAAUAAUUUUGGUUUUCGUUGCAUUCUUUGCUUUGUUUACUUUUCUUUCGUUCUGCAGCUAAACAAGAUGGCUCAAAAAAUUUACUUUUUUCACUCUCUUAUUCUUGCGUGAUCUUGUGUUGGUGGUUCAUGAAACCAAUCAUAAAGUUUAUCAAAUAUUUGACUUGUGUGGCAACACUCAAAACUAAAUUAAUAAGUUGCUGAGGAAUUACCGACGAAGUUUAUACAUAUAUUAAAAAACACUGACAUUUAAAAAAUCAUAAAUAACUAAGCCAAAAUGUAUAAAAAAUGUGUUGUUUUAGUUAUACUUUUCAGUGCUCAUAUAUCGAAUGGUUUAUUACGGCGCUGUUAUCAAUGUCGCUCCAGGGGCGAACUUGGCAGCUGCAAAGAUCCAUUUAACUUUAACGCAACUGAUGUUGAACAGGAACCUGGUUUGGCGGCUAUACCUUGUGCAUCUGGAUGGUGUGGAAAAGUGAUCGAAGGUGGUGGCGCAUAUGCAGUAGACGAUUACGACCAAGCAAUUCAGCGAAUGUGUGUGCAGCGGGGGCCAGAUGACAAUCAGGAUCGAUGUGCCAAUACGGUUUACAAUUACAAAAAAGUUUACAUGUGCUUUUGCCAAGGAGACCUAUGCAAUCCUGCAUCGAGAAUUAGAGGCACCACUUUUACUUUGGGAAUUACUUUCUUCGCACUUAUGCAUAAUUACUUAUAUCGUUACUAAUUUAAGUCUUCAAUUAUUAUGUGCUGUUAAUAUAUUUUCCCAGUCACAGAAAGUGUUUUAUGUGAAUUUGAAUGUAGGUACGAAUGUUGGAUAAAUACUUACAAUAUAUAUAUAUUUUUUAAAUAAGCGGUUUUUAAACAAUAUUAAAUAAAGAGAAAAAAUAGUUAUAUUUCAAUCAACAUAAUAACAAUUAAAUUACUCUCGUAAAAUUCAAAGCCCAUAAAUCAAACAUUAAAACUAGGCGAAUUGUGAAAAAUGUGAAAUGUUAGCUUAUCCUUUAAAAAAAA